AUAUGAAUGCGACCGAGUGCGUAAGAUGGCAACAAAGGAGGGAGGCAAUGUUCUUGAGACAACAUGAACAGGACAAUGCAGCAAUGAGUUCAUAGCCUUCCGAGGCUCCGAAGCGCAUACCCGAGAGGCCGAAGUGAACAAUAUAUAAGAGUGCCCUUGAUCCCGUGAAUAGCAUCAUAAGUCACCACUCGCUGCUUACAGUAUCGCUUGCUCUAGCAUCGUAUUUUAGCCUGAUUGAUCAAACGAAGCUCUCACUUUUGCACUACCGAGCUCUUUCACAAUGAAAAGCCUCUUGAACCUCAUCACUUAUCCGAUACUCGCCCUCGGGGCGUCUAUCCCAAGAGGAACACAGGCAGACCUCUCGGGACCGUUCAUAGCCCGCGCCUGGAGCUCUGAUACCGAUGCCCCCUUCCACGGCGCUCCGAUCAAUGCCAGUGGCGGCAAGUUCUACAUCAAUAGGGACACCAGCACCUACUGUCCGGAUGUCUCGGGCCUGGACUGUUCGCAGUACUCAAGCAAGGAGACUACCUUCGUUAUUGGUGAUGGUAGCACCACGAUUUCCUUGGAAGUCUCCGUCCCCGGCGGCCAGCGAGCUCCAGAUGGGUCGCUUUCUUACACGCAAGCGCAUUCCGCCUAUAUCCCCGAGGGCAGCAUCAUCACAGGGUUCUCGCGUGAGCAGGCCCCGGAAUCCGAUGCUCCCAUUUACCUAUUCAGCGAGCUUCAAAACUGGUAUCUCUGCCCUAUCACCGAGGGUGAACCAAAUGAGAGAACCUAUCAGGUAUUUGCCUCGUCCGAAGACCUUGAAGGUUGCCUCUACGCUGAACUCCACACGGUGAGUACUUCCUAGAAUAAUUUCAUUCCGACUCAAUGCCUUGUCAAGCACAAAGGAUUUUUUCGACGAGAAAUGUUCAGGGCUAGCGGCGCGGAGUUUCAAGACCUUCACUGUCAAGAUGGUGAUACUAACCCCGGUUU